AUAUUUUUCUCUCUUAUUUAAAUUGUUUGGUGAAAUUGACCUACGCAGGACGGGACUGUGUGUGUUAGACUGCGCAGCAUGUGGAAUAAAUUUAGCUAGCUCGUGAUACUUAAAGCUUUAGAUCGUAUCCCAAUGCUACGCACCUUUAGGCAAAAAUGUUCUAAUUUAAGGUUAGUGUGCGUUUUAGCAAAUGAUUGCAACACGCAUGGAGACCUCUGACAAAUCUACAUCUUGUCUAUAUUUAAUGCACCAUGAAACGAUGAUGUCGCUAACAUUUCGACUUGUAACCCCCUCAUUUUACAUCUAGUCUUCUUUCACUACUAAUAAACCGUGGAGGGUGGAGACGGAGGAAGUAUUUUAUCGUCAUCAUUAAGUAGAUAUUAGAUAUAUCGAAAUGUGUUGCUCCAGGUCGAGUAAGCAGUAAGCCAAAUGCUCUGUUAAAUCUAAUUGAAUAAAUAAGCUGCAAAGAAAAACAUGUCGGGCUUAUGCGUGUUAUGCUUGAGGUUGUAUCGAGGCUAACGUCUGUCAAACACGUAACUUAGCUGUUUGAGGUUAUUAGAGCCAAUAAAUGCAGACAAACAAAGAAAAGAGUGACUUAAGAUUGGCUGGGUGGAUAGUCAAGUGAGUAAACGGUUCUUUACUGCCGAAAUAUCGUGCAAACUAACGUUAGCAGCUAGCAUAAAUAUGUUGGCAGAUAAGCAACAUCCCUUCCUUGAGCUGGGAUUUCUACGGAGCGAAUCUUUUUGCAAUUUUCCAGCUCCAGCUGAGCAACCUGGCAGGAGGCAUGUUUCUCUGGCAUUUGUGAUCUCCACAUCUUUUCUGAGGGUGUGAAGCCAAAUAGUAACCCCUAGAGUGCCAUGGCUGAAGUGCUGGGACAGAGGACCCUGUUGGGCUUUGGUGUGGUGUUGGCAUGGCUGGUGCUGUUCCACUUGCUGGUCAACAUCUGGCUCCUCUGUGUGUUCACCAGCCUGCUGGUGGUGCUGGGUGGCUGGCUUGGCUCGCAGGCAGUCCUGGAGUCUAACAGUGUGGUUCACCUGGAGAGGUUUAUCACACUGGAACAGGUUCCACCCUCUGUAGAGGAUGAUCACCACUUGGACCGGGAGAUCCACAACACAGUGCGCAAAAUCAUCAGAGACUUUGUCACCUCCUGGUACUCAACUGUGUCCUCUGAGAGUGGUUUUGAAACAGAGAUUGAAGAGGCCAUGAUCUCCAUGGCUAUGGAGCUGAAAAAGCGUGCAAAACAGGUUGACAGGAAGGAGUUGACUCAGAGGAUCCUAGAUCUGUUUGGCUGCCACCUGCAGGACUACAUCAGAGCCAAGGAGCUGGUGACUGAGCAACAGACACCCAUUACCGCAAAGUGGAGUGGUGAGAGUGCGCAGUUGUGGAAAGCAUAUUCCACGGUUACCACACCUCAUCUUGCCAUGACCAAUGACGCAGUGGAACUCAACUACACCAGAGCAGUUGUAGAUUUGUUGUUGCAUGUUUUGGUGCCAUUGCCACACUUGGAGACCCGCACGGGACGAUUUGUUGUUGGAGAACUCAUCACCUGCAACGUCCUUCUCCCUCUCAUUGCAAAACUGUCUGACCCUGACUGGUUAAACAUCCUUUUGACUGAAAUAUUUGGUAAGUCCAGCAAUUUGCAGGAACUAAGUACAUCAGAGCCACCGACUUCAUCCCCACCAUUACCAUCACCACCUGCUGAGUCAGAGCUUGCACCACUCCAAGACACUGCACAGGUACCUCAAAAGUAUACUGAAGUCCCUGCAGCAGGAGCAGAGACUGAAAUUCAUGAAACAGGGAUACCUGAUCUUGCUGCCUAUGACGUGUUUGACUCUGAGGAGGUGGACUGUCCACAGAACAACAUAGAAGAGGAAGAAACUACCCGACCCUUUCUAGAACAUUACAUGAGAGGAAGCAAGUCAAACCCAUUUUACCAGGAAAAUGAUUCUGACCUGGAUUCUCCUUUGGCUGACCAUAAACAGAGUUCCACUGAUUUCCUGGUCAUGAUAGGCCAAGAGGAGGGCCUGUGUGACAGACAGAAAGAAUGUACCACAUCUGUUGAAAACAAUGGUGUGGAUUUGGAGGAUGCAUGUCCCUGUCCAGUAGUUGGCUCCUGCCCAGAUGUCAUGGUGAAUUCAGAACAUCCUAAUGACUACGGCCCCUCAGUAGUUAGGACGGCAGAGGGUACUCCCAGUAUCAGCAGCCUCCAGGACCUGGAGAGGGAAGGCGGGUCCCCCUCAGUAAACCCAAUUAAAGACCCUCUUUUGGGUGUAGAACCGACUGGGCUGGGGAACCCCAAUGAGCUUUCUGUAGUGAGUCCACUGCAGGGCUCUUCCCCAAUGCCGUCAUUCAGUUUUGAGCCCCUCAGCAGCCCUGAUGGACCAGUCAUCAUCCAAAACCUCCGGAUCACUGGCACCAUCACAGCUAAGGAACACAGAGGCACCGGCUCACACCCCUAUACACUAUACACCAUCAAAUAUGAGACAGCAAUGGGUUAUGAGAACCCACAAAGUGUCCAGCCGGGCUCUGAGGAUGCUGAGGUUGUACAGACAAGCUGUGAAAACCCAUCAUGCAUUCAGCCAGUAGCCUAUCACAUGGUCAACAGACGAUACAGUGAGUUCCUCAAUCUGCAAACACGGUUAGAAGAAAAAACAGAACUAAGGAAACUCAUCAAAGGUGUGAAAGGUCCAAAGAAAAUAUUUCCAGACAUGCCAUUUGGAAAUAUGGAUAGUGACAAGAUAGAGGCCCGGAAAGGACUGCUAGAGACCUUUCUAAAGCAACUCUGUGCCAUCCCUGAAAUAGCCAAUAGUGAAGAGAUGCAAGAAUUUCUUGCUCUCAAUACAGAUGCCAGGAUUGCCUUUGUCAAGAAACCUUUUAUUGUGUCACGCAUAGACAAGAUUGUGGUGAAUGCCAUUGUGGACACCCUGAAGACAGCCUUUCCUCGUUCAGAACCUCAAAGCCCCACUGAGGAUAAUGAAGGAGAGGUGGAUGGAGGGAGAAUAAGUGCAGACAAGAAGAGCAAGUCUCGUCUAAAGUUCUCUAGUAAAAACAUUCCCUUUAUGAAUGGCUCAGACAUAAGACCACCAGUUUUGUUCAGCUGGGAGCAAACUAGCACAGCUUUUAAUGGGAUGUCCUUGGGAGACCUGCAAGCCUUUAUCACUGAACAAGAAAAACUGGCCUUCAGAGCUGAGCCAGAGAGGGAGGACAGUCCAGUAGCCACACAAUGCAGAGGCUAUCUGGAUUACAGCUUGAGAAGAAACCAGAGUCAAGAAUGUGCGUCUGAGACAGCCCUGGCUGAGGUGGCUCUGAACAUGCUAUGUCUACUGAUGAAGGAGCAGUGGAGCUGGUUGUGCACCGAAAACAUUCAGAGGACCAUCAGGUUGCUGUUUGGGACCCUAAUUAACAGAUGGCUAGAUGUGAGCAUAGCCAACCUGACAUGCAAAAGGUACUGGGUGGUGUACCUGCAGGUCAUUCAGGAGGCUGUAUGGCCAGGAGGAGCUCUGCCUACGUCCCCUCAACUUGAGCGCAGCCAGCAGCAAAAGGACAUCACCCGGCAACAAGCCUUACACUGUCUGAUGAGACUUCUACCAGAUUUGGUCUCAGAUAUGUUGGGCUCAGACAAGUACAAACUCAGCUGGCAGACUGCAUUGGACUCUCUUCAAGACCCAUACAUUAACAGACACCUGGUCUACUGUAUUUUUGACCUUCUGCUGGAGUUCCUGGUUCCUGAAAUACCUGAGGAGGACUUCCAGAGCAGCCUGCUGCAGACCCUCUCUAAAAACACAGAGAAGUUACUGGCAUGAGGAGACAGUUCACAAGAGCACAAAUCCAGCUUUAAUUUCCAUCAUCCUAACUCAUCAUCCGCCACCGAGGAAUUGCUGAAAAGCAGUGUGACAGUGAGGCUGUUCCUGUUCCAUGUAUGUUCUGUGAUCAGAGCAUAAGUGAAUGUUUCUGGUGAGACUGAAUAUACUGUCCCCAUUUUAAACUUCUGAGGUCAGUUAUGAGGCUUUUGAACAUGGUGUCCUCACACACAUUUAAACACACACUACAUUUGAAGCAGCUUUAAUUACUCAAGAGCACCUGGUUUGUGUUUGAUCUCAUGUGUCCAAUGCACAGUGCAGAUAUAAACACAUGGCAAAGCAUCAGUCGUUGUCCUCAUCCAGCCUCUUCCUGCCCACUAAACUCCACAGCUUUGACUAAAUUCACAUCAGAUGGUUUUCACAGUAUGCCCUUAUCCCUUCCCAUAAUCUCUGAGUAGAGGACCUCACACCUGUUGCUCUAAUCUGGAGAAGCAGGAUUUGCUCUUUCCCUCAACUUAAAUCUUUCUAGGGAUUUAGCAUCACUGUUCCUUUUCUCUGUUAACCCACUGCUGGCUAUGUAUAGAGCCACAGGUGAUUCUGACAUAAUGUGAGCUUCCUAAAUCUUAACCUUCCUGAGAAGGCAUAGGUCUCUGGUAGUGAUUUUGUUUUACCUACAACUGUCCAGAUAUAGGGAAAGGUUCAUGUUUAAUGUGGUAUAGUGUAUUGUGGCUGUAAGAUUUUUACUGGCUUUACAGGUAGAUUAUGAUAAUAGGUUCCACAGUUCUUUUAAUAGGCACCGUAGAUAAUUAUCUAUGCAGUUAACAUCUAAAUAACAGGAGCUGGGUUCCUCAAAAACAGGUAUGUGAAAGAUGUCUGUCUCUGUUUUCUAUCUGAGCUUCUAUCUAUCUAUGUUGUCAGUCUCAGAUAUUUCUGCCUCUGUCCCAAAUUUGGAAUUUAGUUUGUGGAGAUCACAGCACUGAAAAAUUUGGUUGGUGAAACCUGCUAGUAGUGCAUUCUGCAGAUCCUAUUAGAGGGUAAAAGGCCUGUUGCACAGCAGAUAAUUUGACUUGUCAUGGUAGGCAUGGUAUAUGUGUAAUAUAUGUGUUACUAAUGACAUAAACAUUGGCUCUGUUCUGUCAAAGUUUCUUAGUGAGUCAUUACACUGUGGGAGUGAGCUAGAAUCCUCAAGCAGUUAAAUAGAAUUCAGCCAUCAUUAAUUAAGCUUUACACCUCUGCUUUUCUUAGUGUAACAUGUGACAUCAAAUGUCCUCUGUGGCCUACUGCUAAAUGACUACAUACCAUGUUGAAGUAGCUAAUGUAAUGCUAAUACAGGUAUUCAUCCAGUAAAUUGGAUAGGGCAUCAGAGAUUCUGAUGACUGACUCCAAAUAAACUUUAAACUAUCUUUAACUCAAUUCAGAUUCUGUUGAAUAAAACAUGUAUCAAGCUGGUGAUUAUCAAAGUAAAGGCAGGGAUUCACAUUAUUACUGUUGAGUCUAAUUCUAAGUUACAUCCCUCUGUCCCUCAUUUAUACACAGAACACCACACAGUGUCACCACUCAGGCUACAGUCACUUUAAGUGUAUUGUUGAAGGUUUCUGUGAUUUUUACAUUUGCCUUAGUAUCUUAUUGCCUUAUUGCUAAUGGUAACACAACAAUCACCACAUCUUUCCCAGCUGGAUAAAGAUAAUAAAUCCAAAAUAUGUUACAGCUCAGAUUAUCAUUAUUCGUAUCACUGUCUCAGACAUGUGUAACCCAGUUGUUGUCACACAGACUGUCUUAAAACGCUAGUUAACGACUGAAUAAUGAUGUAGUGCAGAGAAAAUUCCAACCUUCUUCUGGCAACAUUUCAAUGUUUCAAAAUGUUAGUUAAAGUUAAAGAUGUUGUCAUGUGAAUUGUAAUGCUGCACACUUUAGUGUGUUAUUUUAGAGAGUUUAGAGUCAAUUCCAAAUAUACUGAGAUAAAGAUACACAGCAUUUUUCAAAUAUGUCUCCUGGAACUGGAUAUGCAUAUUCAUUCAAGUCAUGUUUGAGAACUGUUACAAUCUAUCUUGUAAGUGAAAAAAAGUCAUAUUUUAAUGUUACUAUCAUUCCAGUGUUUUGCACUUAUACCCUGGUUUAUUUGUCUCAUCUUUGUCUUAAAUAUCUUUUUUCUUUCUAUUGUGUUAACUUGUGAUUCAGUCUAUUUAUUAAUCUAUUUAUUUGUGUGAAAUAUGAAAUGAUCACUUGUUCUGAAUUCCAACCAUAAAAGGAGUGAGGUGUCAGUGCUGACGGAGAGAGGAAGUGGUGACCCACUAGAAGUGCUUUUCCUGGAUUCUGCCUUAUAAUGUGACUCGAUGAAGUCUGGUUUGGUCUGUCCUGCAGUAAUGCAGAUGUCGUGUAACCACUGGCCAUGCCUUAUGUAAGCACCUAGCUCUAGCUCUCUGUAGUGGAACUACUAACUGUGUUUUAUUGCGUCAAAUUGUGCAGAAUGUUGAGGCUGUUAAAGUUCAUAUGUUGUGGAUGACUGUGUUUUUGUUUGUUUAUUCUGAUGAAGGAAUUCAAUGUAUGUUGAUAUGCUAAAACUGAAAAAUGACACAGUCCAUGAUCACUUGCUUAAUACUGUAUAUACUGUAUGUAAACACUAUUCACUAUUAUGUAUGCUGCUGCUGCUUGCUGCCACCGACACAAAAAUUGCUCAGAUUUGCUCAGUGUCAUUAUAGCAAGAUCUUUGUGCUUUAACAAGAUAAUUUUCAUGUUAUGAGUUCAUGUCUUUCAUGUUCUGAUGACAUUUUUUAUUUUAUUUUUUGUAUCUUGGCCACUAGCUCUCAUAAAUCUGCUGUUGGCCACUGUAUAUAAAAAUGUUUAGAUCCAGUAUGUAAUAUUCUUCAUUAGAUUUUUAACUUAGUAUGAGAUCCUCCUUGAUAGACAGGGGCUGUGAUACUGGCCAUUGAUUCUGCUAAUAUCUGCAGUCCGGUAACCAACACUGCAUUGACUGGUACUGAUUUGUAGACUUGCUGUGGACAAUCAUUGGUCUAAUCUGACACUAAAUGUACACAUAUAUAAUGCACAAAACAAUCUGAAAACAGCAUCUUCCUAUUAUAACAGUGUACCAAUUUAUGAUGUUGUAACAUGAAAAGUCUGUAUAAUGUUAGAACAAGAGACAUUUACUGACUUCACAAGAUACAUUGAUUUUGCAUAUUUGUUUUGUGUAAAUGAGAGUUCUGUUGUGAUAUAAUAUAAAUAGCAUUAUAUAAACAUAAAAAUGUUUUUACAACAAGAACUUUCUUGUUUAAAAAAAGAGAAGCAUUUGAUAUGGAGUAAUCGCCAGAUGGUUAUGUGGUGAUAGCAUGGAAAAUAUCUUGUUAAAACGGUAAAGGGUCACAUUUAACAAAGAUCUUUUUUUUCAUUAUAACUACCAAAUGAGUAAAUGAGGUGGCAUUAUGCUGCUGUACAUAUCUGAUUUAUUCAGUAGGAGAUGACAGAUGUUCCAUUUUUCAUGGGGAAAAAAAUGCACAGUGGUUUUUCACCAGAUGUUACAUAGAAGAGCAACAUUUUAUGUUACAACAUUGACACAGAAGUUUAUGAAGACAUUUUUUACAAUAUUUUUUUGCACUGUUUUUGGUCCAACUAUAAUUCCAUUCUCUGUCUCCUCUGCGCUGUUUUUCACAUCUUUGCCCUAUUUUCUGUCAAAUCCUGUGUCCGCUGGUUCUGUACACUGUAACUUUUGAACUUGUGGUUGUGUUGUGCAUGUUAAAGCUGUGAAUCUCUUUCUCAAUUUUCUCUCACAGAUUGUGUCAUAGUCUCUUAAACAUUUGCUGGUUGUGUCUGAACAUAUUUGCAAAAACAAUAAAGUUACCAACAUGACUUAUUAAAUCUUCAA